AUGAAACGACGCCAACGUGUUGUUUAUUUCAGUAGCUUCUGUAUCGUAAUUGUAGUAGGUCGUGCUUUUACGACAGCGCGGAAUCACGUGUUUUUUGAGGUUACGUUACGUAUUUUCGCAUUUGUUUACAAGCGUGAAACUGUUACAAAAUAUUUGCAUACAGUGCUAAGUUUGGGUACUGACGAAGCUUUUAACAUUAAUGGUGCGAAAUUACGUUCGUAAAACCGAUAGAGGGGGUUGGACGGAAGAGCAGAUGAAGAAUGCUGUUUUAGCAGUAGUGGAAAAUAA